GCCACCACCAUGUCUUCCCAUCCUUCCAAGCGGAGGAAGCUGACCGAGGGCGGCCAGUCCUCGGACGGCGCAGCCACCAGCGACGUCAAAAUUCAAAAGCAGUUCUUCAAGAGUGCACAGAGCUGGAACCUCGAAGAGGACUAUGAGAACCGCCCCAGGAAAGGAAAGAAGAAGAAGGAGAAGAAGGCCGCCGAUGCCACGAAACUGCCCAUCAGAGUUGCCGAGGGAACCUGGGUGACGCAGGAAGAGGAAGACGCCGAGAUUGCGAGCGAUGCCGAGUGGUUGGAGAGUGAAGGGGAGGAGGCCCCUGAGGAGGAGGAGGCUCAGCCCGAGCCAGAAGCACCCAAGAUCCCCGAGCGUGAACAGAUCAGGAGAGCCCAGGAGGAAAUGGCCAAGAUCGCAACGCAACUCAAUGAAGACCCAGAGGAGCAUCCGGGUGCUUUCAAGGCGCUCGCCAAGAUUGGAGAGUCGGACCUUCUCGCCAUCAAGAAGCUCGCCAUUGUUGUCCAGAUGACCGUCUACAAGGAUGUCAUUCCCGGCUACAGGAUAAGACCGGCUUCGGAGGAUGUUGCCAAAGAGAAGCUGUCCAAGGAUGUCAAGCGGCUACGCGUCUAUGAGCAGGCCAUGGUCACCGGUUACUACCAAUACAUCAAGACCCUUGCUGCCCUCGCAGGUGGAUCUAUUCGCGACAAGUCCAAGCAGCCCAUUUCCAGCAUCGCCCUUACCUGCGCCUGCACCCUUUUGAACGCAGUACCGCACUUCAACUUCCGCGGUGAGCUUCUCAAGAUUCUCAUCAAGAAGCUGAGCUACAGAAAUAUUGAUAAAGACUUUAUCAAAUGCCGGACCGCUCUCGAGACCCUGUUUCACGAGGAUGAGGAUGGUCAACCCGCCAUGGAGGCCACUUCAGUGCUCACAAAGAUGAUGAAGGCUCGCAACUACCAGGUUGACGAGAGCAUCCUGAACCUGUUCCUCCACCUGCGUUUGCUUAGCGAGUUCUCCGGAAAAGCUUCCAGAGACACGGUGGAGAAGCAGGAUGAUGGGUCGGUCAAGAAGCCGAGGCAAAAGAAGGAGUUCCGCACCAAGCGUGAGCGCAAGCUCCUCAAGGAGCAGAAGGAGGCUGAAAAGGUCAUGGCCCACGCCGACGCAGCUGUGAGCUAUGAGGAGCGAGAGCGGAUGCAGUCCGAAACGCUCAAGAUGGUUUUCGCCUCGUACUUCCGCAUCCUCAAGAUGCGUAUUCCCAACCUCAUGGGUGCCUGUCUUGAAGGUCUCGCCAGAUACUCCCACCUGAUUAACCAGGACUUUUUUGGUGAUCUCCUUGAGGCCCUAAAAGACCUGAUCCGCUACAGUGAAAAGGACGCUAACAAGGAGGACGAGUCGGACGACGAGAACAAGGAAGAGGAAGAGGAUGAAGACGACGAGCACGAAUUCGUUCGUGACACCAGCCGCGAAGCCCUCCUCUGCACCGUCACCGCCUUUGCUCUUCUCGAGGGCCAAGACGCCCAUAACGCCCGCUCGGAUCUUCACCUCGAUCUCUCCUUCUUCAUCACCCACCUCUUCCAGUCGCUCCUCUCCCUCUCCGUUAACCCGGAUCUCGAACUCGGCGCCCAGUCGCUCCAGCUCCAAAACAGCGUGCGCCGCAACAACCGCAUCAAUCUGCAGACCACCACCGUCCUGCUCGUCAAGUGUCUCAGCGGCAUCCUCCUGCCGCCCUGGAACAUCCGCUCCGUGGCGCCGCUCCGUCUGGCCGCCUUCACGAAGCAGCUCAUGUCUGGAUCGCUCCAGGUGCCGGAGAAGUCAGCCCAGGCGCUUCUCGGCUUGCUCGCCGACGUGCUCCACACGCACGGCAGGAAGAUUAGCUCGCUCUGGAAUACGGAGGAGAGGAAGGGCGACGGCACAUAUAAGCCACUUGCGGCGACGGUGGAGGGUAGCAACCCAUUCGCGUCGACGGUGUGGGAGGGCGAGCUGUUGAGGAGACAUUAUUGCCCCAAGGUGAGGGAGAGCGUGAAGGAACUGGAGAAGAGCAUCAAAAGUAUCAAAUAGCGGGUGAAAGGGUGAUGUUGAAAGGGAUUGUCUUGUUAUGUCUACGAGACUUUAGGUGUAGGUUGUUGGAGAGUAUACACGUUAGCUUUGGCAUAGAAUUAUUAUUC